UGGGAUAUAUGGCAGCAGCCGGGUCUAGAGUGCUUGGACAUUUCCUGCUCAUUUGUUAUAUUAUCGUGUAACAUUAAUCAAUUGAGAUGAAAGCAUGUCUGGAUAUUAAAUGGAGUGACAUUCCAUAGUCUUGACAAUCUGCUAGUUCUCGUCACUAAUGAGAAUGUGAGGAAACACCUUUAUCAAUCUCUGUUGCAUCAUGCCUCUGUUAUGCGUAGGAAGGAACUGCAGAUGCUGGUUUACCCUGAAGAUAGACACAAAAUGCUGGAGUAACUCAGCGGGACAGGCAGCAUCUCUGGAGAGAAGGAAUAGGUGAUGAUUAGGUGGACCCCUUCAUCAGACCCGUUCAUACCUCUGUUAUGAUUCAAACUCAAUGCCAGACGGAGUGUUGGGAAGAGAAUCAUUUGGGGUAUUCAAAGGGGAAUUGAAUAGGCAUUUGAGCAAUCAUACUUUGCAGUUCAAUGAGGAAAGAGCACAACACAUGGACGAGAGAUGAAUCCUUAACAUAAAGUUGGUGUGGACUUACUGAAAGAACUAAAUGGCCUUCCUCCCUGCAGUAACAAUUCUAGACUUCUGUAGAACGCACUAUGUCCAAGAUAAGUCAUGUAGCUACAAAAACGAAUGUACCUUUCACCCACUGCCCCAUCCCACCACAUCCCUCUUCCCCCUUUCUGGGAUACUUCUGGAAUGAAGUAUAUGCAGGAUUCAAGGAUUCGGAUCAAUGAAUGUAGGAAGCACAUGGUGAAAAUCACAAAAAACUAUUUAUUAAACCAAACACAGAAAAUCUAUCAACUAUCAAUAAAGAAACAAUACAAAAUAACUCUUGGCUCUUGGCUGCACUGUCUGGCACCGGCACACUCCACGGUCUAAGCUCACUCUCGCUCUCUCUCUGGUGAAGUUAUUUUCUCUCCCCGAAGAUGAAGCUCAUAACAGAAGCAUGUAUUUAUAUAAUAAUGUUAUCACUACGAAUAACAAGCGAUUAUAUGUCAGCGAGCUAUUCUCCGUGGUACCAUAAUGGCGUGAGUUAUGGGUCCUAUCAGACACCGAUAUCUCUGGGAAAGCAAAGCUGAUCUCAGUGACCUCGCAGGUGUAGCCAUGCUCUACGAGUCUCUGAAUUAGCCCAAGUAUUCCUCGAAAACAUCUACUUGUUUUUUCUAAAUCAAGGUUGGAAAAUACGGUAUUGCUACAAUCAUUUAGCUGACAACUCCAUUCCAGCUCACAGUCUAAUUAACUCUUACAUUACAACUUCCUCACCCGAAGAAUGGAUAAAUAACGUAUUAGGGCAGGAUGCAACUUAAGAAAUGAUUCUCUUUAAUAACUUCAUUUAAAACGAGCUUGCAAUGGUGCCGCUGUUGUGGAGGGAAGUGGGUCCCUUAUUUCAUCCACCUCCAGUUUAAAUUCCAUUAGGAAUAUUUUGGAGGAAGGAGCAGGAAACCAAGAAAGACUUGGUCCGAGGACGAGGGGACGUGUGUGAGUUGUGAGCGGAGUUGGGAGUUGCUACUGUGCCGUGGAGAUGGAGCGAGUGAGGUAACUGGAGGGCGGGAGCACUCACAGUAUCUCUCUCUCUCUCUCUCUCUGUGUUUCACUGCCUCCCACUAACCGGGGAUCUGAUCUCUCAGCACAGGCGAGCCGACAGAAGAGGAGCCACUGCUGGCUGCAUCGGGACCGCUCUCCAGGAACUUCUGAUACCUUGUCGAAAAGUUGCUGCCUCUUCCAAGUUACUUUUGAUUAUCCUUGGACCCUCAAGAUGGAAGAAUUCAAGCAUUAGCAAAGGUUGGAUUUGAGGAUCCAGAGUGGAUAGAAGCUGAAUCCACUGAUAUAAUCGCCACCAUAGAAAUGGCUUUCUAGCUCUUCUGCGGGCACAAGACUGCAAUACAACACCUGCGUUUACACUAAUAGUGUAGACGGAUCUCCGUCAGUCCCGUGUUAAGAUCUUCGCAGUGCUCUUUCCUUGCUCCUGGAUUCUCCUACAGGUCUUGGUGCAGAGAUGACUGAGCUCACAGGCAGAGUAUCUCCAAACCCACUUGGUGUUGUUACAGCUCCCUGUGUGUCCAAGGUGGAGCUACGUGUUUCCUGCAAAUCCUUGUUGGACAGAGAUACUCUCAAUAAGUCUGAUCCAUCCGUGGUACUGUUGACGCAGUCUCAAGGACAUUGGGUGGAGGUCGACCGGACUGAGGUUAUAAAGAGUAACUUGCAUCCAGUGUUCUCUAAAAUUUUCAAUGUGGAUUAUUACUUUGAGGAGGCUCAGAAGCUUCGAUUCGAGGUGUAUGAUAUACACGGGCACUGCAGUAUUGGUGCACGAGACGAUGAUUUCUUGGGUGGUGUGGAGUGUACCCUUGGCCAGAUUGUGGCUCAAAAGAAAAUGACAAAGUUUCCGUUACAUUUGGCAAAUUGGAGGAAUAGAGGUGAGAACACUAUCACAGUUAUUGCAGAGGAAAUAAAUGGAAACAAUGGCUAUGUGGAAUUAGCCUUCUGUGCUAAGAAACUGGAUGACAAGGAUCUUUUCAGCAAAUCAGAUCCUUUUUUGGAAAUAUACAGGCUAAAUGACGAUGAAUCCGAGCAACUUGUCUACAGGACCGAGGUUAUCAAGAACAACUUGAAUCCAGUGUGGGAGUCAUUUAAAGUUUCUCUGAGUUCACUUUGUAGCUGUGAUGAAAAGAGACAGCUGAAGUGUUUGGUCUGGGAUUAUGAUAACCGUGGAAAACAUGACUUCAUUGGAGAGUUUUACUCGACAUUUGAAGAACUGCGGAAGGCAAUGGGAGAAAACAAGGUCCACUGGGACUGCGUUAAUCCAAAAUAUAAAGCCAAAAAGAGGCAUUAUAAAAACUCUGGAACAGUCAUACUGAAAGAUUGUAAGUUGCACAGGGUAUAUUCAUUUUUAGAUUACAUAAUGGGAGGAUGUCAGAUUCACUUCACGGUAGCCAUUGACUUCACAGCUUCGAAUGGAGACCCACGAAACAGCUGUUCCUUGCAUUACAUCAAUCCCUAUCAGCCCAACGAGUAUCUGAAAGCACUUAUCUCUGUGGGUGAGAUCUGUCAAGACUACGACAGUGAUAAGAAGUUUUCCGCCUUGGGAUUUGGAGCAAGAAUUCCUCCGAAUUAUGUGGUCUCACACAAUUUUGCCAUUAAUUUCAAUUCUGAAGAUGAGGAAUGUGAAGGAAUACAAGGAGUAGUUGAGUCCUAUCAGAGCUGUCUACCUAAAAUCCAACUUUAUGGGCCAACGAACGUGUCUCCCAUCAUAGGCAAGGUGGCGAAAGUGGCUGCUGAGGAGGAGAAGACAAAGGAGGCUUCCCAAUACUACAUCCUACUGAUCCUGACAGAUGGAGUUGUCACUGAUAUGGCGGAUACAAGGGAGGCAAUAGUCCGAGCAUCACACCUUCCAAUGUCCAUCAUCAUUGUUGGUGUGGGCAACGCAGAUUUUACAGAUAUGGAGAUACUGGAUGGUGACGAUGGGGUUUUACGAUCACCAAAGGGUGAACCUGUGCUAAGAGACAUUGUACAGUUUGUCCCCUUCCGUGAAUUUAAAAAUGCAUCUCCAGCAGCUUUGGCUAAGUGUGUCUUAGCAGAAGUCCCGAAACAAGUUGUGGAAUAUUACAGCUACAAGGCCAUUCCUCCUAAAUGUCUCAGUCUGGAUUCCUCUGAGUCAGCAUGCACAACGCCAGAAUAAAGAGACUGCUCUUUGCUGAUGGAGGUUUCUGAAGGGAGAAUGAGAUGACCCAGAGUAAAAAAAAAUCUUCACAUUAUGUAUCUGGUUUGCUGCAAACAUAUUAAGAUAAAAGCAAAGCUAUUUUCACAGCUUGAAUAACCAAGUUCCGAUGCCCAUGCCACUGAUCAACCACAGCAAAAUAUCUGGAUGCUGAAAGAUAAUGUUUGGGGAAUAUUGGCCAAUUCCCAAACAUUGCACUUUUAGUGUUUUUAUCCGAGUCAAUGGGAUAUACAUAUAAUUUGUUAUCUGUACUGAAUAGAUGCAAAAUGGCUGUAGAAACAUCUUUCAUGAAUUAUUUCAUUUUUCUGCACUAGACCCUCCCAAGUCAUUUAGCCCCACUGGAGAAAGCAGACCACAUGGCAUUUGCUGCACGGUUUCUACAUUUGCGGCUUCAUAAGCAAUUUGAAGGUUUUGGGGUUAAUUUGGUUGAUUUUUGUGCAAAUAUUAAUUCUGCAGAAUUUUAUAAGAUUUCUUCUUGCCUCUACCUUGAAACAAAAACUGCAUGCCAAAAUUAAUAUAGCAUGAAAGUAGAAGGAGAAUCAAGGCAUCAUAAAUAAAGGUCUUGACCCGAAACGUCACCCAUUCCUUCUCUCCACAGAUGCUACCUGUCCUGCUGAGUUACUCCAGCAUUCUGUGUCCAUCUUCGGUGUAAGCCAGCAUCUGCAGUUCCUUCCUACAUAAAUAAAACACUACUCUUUUGGAUCAUAAUGGCUAAAAUGAAAAGAAUAGCAUGGCAUACAUUUAAUCAAUCAGUGAGUCAGAGUGUUUGUUUUACUAGCUGCAGUUACAAGAAGUGGUGGAGGUUGCAUUUAAUUCAAGAAAGUUCCUAAUGUAUGAAUGAUCACAUCAUAGUAAAGAAUUGGUGGCAUAUGAAGGAAUCAAACAAGGCAGCACAGUGGUGCAGCAAAUAGAGCUCCUGGCUCACAGCGACAGAGACCUGGGAUCCAUCCCAGCCUUGGCGCUGUCUGUU